AUGAGGAUGCGCAAAUCGUCACAGUCGAAGCCAAUUCCGCUUCUGACAAUGAGGCCAGCCGAAGAUGAAGAAGAAGAAGAAGAAGAAGAAGAAGAAGAAGAAGAACCCAGUAGUAGCAGCAAAAGGAAAUUGCAAAUGGUCACCACCUCACCCUUCAAACUCCCUGAUGGUUGGUCCGUUGAAGAAAAGCGCCGUCCCCUUAGCAACAGUUACAACCCCGGCCAAAUCGACAGGGUCUCUUUCUCUCUUUCACUCUCUAAACUUGUUCAAAGUGUAAAUGCAUGUACAAUGUAUAUGCUUAAAUGCUUUGCAUGUGCAUGGAUGCUUUGA